UCUUUCAUCUGAACGAGGAGUUCGAGAAGGAACUUCCACAAAUAUGGCUGCUGAACAAAAACCAACUCAGCUCCAAGUAGAAGGAUUACAGAACCUCGAGACUACGAUCCAAGAAAAUGCCGACGAGAAGAGAAAAUUUGUGAUGUUUAUCGGUGCUAUAGAUGAGACAGGCGAUAGCUGGUGCCCGGAUUGUCGAGAUGCUGAACCAGUGGUGGAAAAAGGUCUCAAUUCAGCUCCAUCUGAUUCUGUAUUCAUACUGGUAGUAGUUGGAGACAGACCAACUUGGAAAGACCCCAAUAAUGAAUUCAGAACUGGAAAGUACAAGCUGACGGGAAUCCCAACCCUUGUUGAAAUUGGCACUCAAAAGCGCCUUGGUCCAGAUGAAUGCAAAAAGCAAGACUUGGUGGAUAUGUUCUUCAAAGACUAAAACAACAGCAACAACAACAGCAAGGAAUGAAAAGAAAUGAAGGGAAUCCUGUUGAGAGCUUAUUAGCCUUUCUAAAAUUGAGGGGGGAGUUUUCAGAGUUGGCAUUGCAGUGCAUUGUGGGACUGUUUGAGGGGACAAAAUUGAUGCCAUCUUGGAAAUAUGUCACUUUAAACAAUCCCACAGUACACUGCAAUACCAACUAGACCCAGUUCUUUGCCUCAAUCUUAGGAUAACUGAUAUCUCAGUUGCAAUAGAAAUGAAAGUCCCUUGCAUGUGCUUUUAAUAUUUGACCUUAAGAACAAGAAUAUUUCAUGUGAGAGUUAGUAGAGUUAGUCUUUCUCUUGAUGCGAAAUAAAGGUAUUUGAAACAAAAUUAGAAGAACACAAAAAAUAAUUGAUAUGUUGUAUUUGUUUUUGUAGUAUUUUCCUUUUGAAUGACUUUAAUUUUGUCUUAUUUCAUCUAAAUUGGUUCUACUGUGAAAUUCGAUUUAAUAUAUUUUAUGCCCGGAAGUUAAAAUUGAAGUCUCAAAAAUAACUUAUAUUAUGCAGUAUCUUUAAUUUGUGUUAGGUAAAUGUUAUUGAUUAGAUAUUUGGAUUACUUCCAGCAAUUGUUAUUUUAUUUUUGCUAUUUUUGUUAUCUUAAAUUUUAUUUUCAUUUUCAUUUAGAAUUUAUUAUUUUGUGCAUCCUAAAUUGCUGUCAUUAUUUCUUUUUUGUUAAAUUAUGUAAAGGUAGUAGUAGAUGUAUGAUUUGUCCUUUAAUAGCACUAGUUGUUGUAAUGUAAUUGGUAUUGUCAUUAUAAUGCUAACCAAAGAUCAAUUUGCUGUUAAAACAAAGCAACUUGGUAAGAACUUUAACAAGUGAUGAUGGUUAAAAGAUUAACAUUGCAAUGAAAAUGUCUUAUAAACACCAACUAGCACUACUGAUAAUAGAUUGUGGUAAUAAAUUAUUUUAUAGAGCAAUAAAUAGAGUAAUAAACUCAUGGCAUAUGUAGAUAGGACUUGGGAAUGAAUAAUAAACUUGCCUGUGAGUAUACUGGUCA